UUAUCGGAAUUGUGAAUUUACCUCCUUUCCCGCUUUUUCAUUUAGGAAACAUCGAACUUCCAGUGAGCUUUUUCGUUUGAUAAUGUUCUAUUUUGGUUAAAUUAAUAUUCAUUUCUGGUCAACUGUAUUAUAAUCUGUUCCUUUCGUAUAUUUCUGUAUAAUAUUAUUGUUCGGAGCAUUCAGAAAAUGGUAGCGGGCACUCCCAACUUGCCAUGGGUAGAGAAAUAUCGUCCAAGUACUCUCCAAGAUCUGAUUUCUCAUGAAGAUAUCAUCAGAACAAUAACCAAAUUCAUCGAUGAAAAUCAAUUACCUCACUUGCUGUUCUAUGGACCACCCGGUACUGGAAAAACCAGCGCUAUUUUAGCUUGUGCCCGAAAACUAUACCAACCUGGACAGUUUCGUUCGAUGGUCUUGGAACUCAACGCUUCGGAUGAUCGAGGUAUAGGCAUUGUACGAGGUCCCAUAUUAAAUUUCGCGUCAACUCGUACCAUAUUCAAAUCCGGAUUCAAGUUGAUAAUUCUAGAUGAAGCUGAUGCCAUGACUAACGAUGCUCAAAACGCUUUGCGAAGAAUUAUCGAAAAGUUCACCGAGAAUGUUAGAUUUUGCCUGAUUUGUAAUUACCUGAGUAAGAUCAUUCCAGCUUUACAAUCGAGAUGUACUCGCUUCAGAUUUGGACCUUUAUCACCAGAACAAAUACUUCCAAGACUGAAUUACGUAAUCGAUCAAGAAAAAGUAGAAGUAACCGAAGACGGUAAACAAGCGUUGAUUGAUUUAUCGCAAGGAGAUAUGCGUAAAGUUUUGAAUAUUUUACAAAGUUCCUCGACUGCAUUCUCAACCAUCAACGAAGAUGCAGUUUACACCUGUGUGGGUCAUCCUUUGAAAGCAGAUAUAACUAAUAUUUUGAAAUGGUUGCUCAACGAUGAUUUCGUCUCUACGUACAAUCGAAUUCAGAAUUUAAAAGUUGAAAAAGGUUUAGCUUUACAAGAUAUACUUACCGAAGUGCACACGUUCUUACAUAGAAUUGAAUUACCAUCUGAAACGUUGAUGGAAUUGUUGAUUAAAUUAUCCGAUAUCGAAUAUCGAUUGUCUGGCGGAACAAAUGAAAAAUUCCAAUUGAGUUCUCUAAUAGGAGCAUUUCAUAUUGCGAGGAACAAGAUCGAAGUCAACGAAAACGAGUAAAUCAAAUUGUGUUUUACUAUUUCUCUCUAAAUAAUACGUACCUAUGUUUAAUUUUUUUUUUUAUCGUUUUAAUAUAAAUAUUGAAUUUUGUGAUUGCUCGGUUUAAGUCUCAAAAAAUAUCCAUCGAGCAUUUUCAUUUCCUCGUUAAUGUAUAAUUUUAGAAUCUUUGAUACCUGAACACGAAAAAAAAGAGUGGAAAACGAUAACUAAUUCAACGAAAUAAAAAUCGAUUAUUUCAAUGAAAUUUUAUUUAUUUACAACUUUUCAAAUAAAUUAUUCACUUAAUGAAAAAAACAAAAAUAAUAUAAUACGUAUAGAACUAACAAAGAUACUGAAAGUAUUGAACCCCAUAUUUUCGCAGGCAUUUUACAAAAAGUAAACCAUCAUUGAUAAAUAUUCUUUUGGUACCUUUUAAAAUAUUCUAAUAAAAAAAUGUACUUUAUUGUUCGUCAUUUGGUCUUAAAUUAAAGCAUAAAUUAAUGAGUACUAUAAUUAUAGGAAUGAGAACAUGCUGUUUCGUAGGCUCGUCGCGAGCCUACAUUUAAAUUAAAAAAAAAUAAUAAUAAAAAAAUACAUUUUAA